UCCCAUAUGUUUUUUUAUUAAAGCCUGCCGUGAAGUGACCUGUUCAUAAAAUGUCUAAAAGGUCCCGUGAAGAUGAACAUUCAGAUGACAAUGACCACGCAUCUAAAUUUAAACUGCCAGCAAUUUUCGACGGAAAAUACUUUAAAAUUAUUUCUCAUGACAAGGAUACAAAGAAAAUAUCGGCUAAAUGCAACCAAUGUACAAUAAAAGAUAAAAUUAUACGCGGACAAACAACAUCGACUGGAAACUUUUACACACAUUACAAGUUAACACACAUUAAUUAUUACAUCGCAAUGAGAGAUUAUUGUAAGGGAAAAACUGAUAGACGGAUGACCACGGCAAAUGAACAAAAAAUUCAAUCGUUGUUGCCAUUUUCAAUGGGAUCACUUGAUUUUAAUAGGGUUCGUGAACUGACACUAUCAUUUGUAGCAAGCACUAAUUCCGCAUUCCGUAUAGUGGAAAAUAAAGAAUUUAUAAAAUUAAUCGAGUACGUGUCACAGACGAAAGCAUCAAUUCCAACUACACAAACAUUGAUGUCUGAUUUGAAUGAAAACUAA